CACGAGCAGGGAUAGCGGUGCUUUUAGUUGCAGGAAGGAGGGCCAAGCUUCACCGGCUCACUCAGCUUCCUGAGACAGAAGGCGCGUCCUCCGCAGACUUUCUGCUCUGCUCCGCUCUGCUCCACUCCAUCUGCAGGGCCCCGAGGCAAACUUGGCUGUUGCAUGAGCCAAAAGGCGCUGUUGCCAGCGAGAUCACAGCCUCGUCCUCUGCACGGGCGGAGUUGGGGCACAGCACUUUUGGGCUAGACUUGGGACAGAUCGCUGAGGUGCGGCUGGGGCUGGGACUGCGGCUGCUAGAAGAUGGGAAGCAAGAGCCUGCUCUUGAGCAUCCUCCUGUUUGCUGUGUUAAUGCCUGGAAGAGGCGAGCAUCUGCGAAGCUGCCAGGAUGUUCUGAAAGUUUUCCAGCUGCGGAAGAUUGGGGCCAUCAAGGGAUUCCCGGAGACCCCCCGAGCAGGGACUGAUCUUCAGGUUUGCACUUCUAAAAACCCAACAUGCUGUACCAAAAAUAUGGAAGAAAGAUAUCAGAUUUCAGCAAAGCAGGAUAUACAGGAAGUGCUUCAAGCAUCAAGUUCUGCUUUAAAGUUCUUAAUAUCCCAUAAUGCAGCUGCUUUUCAAGAAACCCUUGAAAUGCUUAUCAAACAGGCUGAGAAUUAUACAAGCACAUUUUUCUGCAACUUGUAUAGAAACAUGGCUGUUGAGGCUGCUACAUCUGUUCAGGAGUUUUUUACGGAUGUGGGACUCUUUGUAUUUGGCACAGAUAUUAGCACAGAAGAAUUUGUCAACAGAUUUUUUGACACCCUGUUCCCAGUCAUGUAUAAUCAUCUGAUUAAUCCUGGUGUGACUGACAUUUCACUGGAAUAUUCAGAAUGCAUUCGAAUGGCAAGAAGAGAAAUCAACCCAUUUGGUAAUAUUCCAAAAAUAGUUAUGGGGCAAAUGGAAAGAUCAUUAUUACCUAGUCGUACUUUCUUGCAGGCCCUCAAUUUAGGGAUUGAAGUGAUAAAUACAACAGAUCAUUUACAAUUUUCUAAAGAAUGCAGCAGAGCCCUAUUAAGAAUGCAAUAUUGUCCUCACUGUCAAGGACUGAUUUUAAGUAAGCCUUGUAUGGGAUACUGCCUCAAUGUUAUUAGAGGCUGCCUAGCGAACAUGGCAGAAAUUGACCUUCACUGGCGGGGUUAUAUUCGUUCAUUGGAAGAAUUAUCCAGUGCCAUGUAUGGGACAUAUGACAUUGAAUAUGUACUUCUGAACUUCCAUUCACUUAUUAAUGAUGCUCUUAUGCAAGCUCACAUCAAUGGACCAAAAUUAUCUGAACAGGUAACCAAAGUAUGUGGCCAUCCUGCGAGAGAGCCUACACAGUCCCCAAGUUGUUCUCUUGAUCAGAACAAAGAUAAUCAAGGGCUGAAGGUGUUCUCAAAAGACAGUGAAGAAACACUUGCCAGCAGAAGAAAAGACUUUAUCAACAGCCUUCGACUGUAUAGGACAUUCUAUGGAGGCCUGGCUGAUCAUCUGUGUAUUAAUGAGCUAGCAGCUGCUGAUGGGCUACCUUGUUGGAAUGGAGAAGAUGUUGUAAAAAGCUAUACUCACCGUGUGGUUGGUAAUGGAAUUAAAGCUCAGUCUGGGAAUCCAGAAGUUAAAGUGAAAGGAACAGAUCCUGUGAUAAGUCAAAUAAUUGAUAAACUGAAACACAUUAUCCAGCUGUUGCAAGGGAAAUCUCUCCCUAAGUAUGAGAGGUGGGAUUUCCUACAAGUGGGCAGUGGUGGAAGCAAGGAUGAGCAAAUCAGUGGAGACUGUGAUGAUGAGGAUGGUUGUGGAGGAUCAGGAAGUGGAGAAGUAAAGCGAGUCCUGAAAAUUACUAAAUGGAUGCCAGACAAGAUGAACCUCAGUGAUGUAAAGCAAAUCCAUCAAACAGACGGUGGCAGCACUUUAGACACAACUGGAGCAGGAUGUACAGGAAUGGUUCCUUAUAUGACAUUUACGUUGAUUAGUGUGGUAACAUUACUUCUCAGUCUUUGGUAACUGUGCAGUCCUGUCUUGAUACAUGCAUCUCAUUGCAGUCUGUUCAUCCACCUCAUGAGCCCAGAUACAAGAUCUGUUGAAUGUAGCAAUAUUUAUGAUGGCUUGUGUAAUAUUAACUCUCUGACCCUAAUUCUGGAUAUUAAUUAAAUUGUUUGUCUAACAUAUUUCUUAAGUUUCUUAACACCUGUAUAGGUAAGCAAAAUCAUGUUUCUUUUUAGUAUAUCUUGAAAUUAUAUAUUACAAAUAUAAUGCUGGAAUGUUGCCUUUGUUAAUCUUUUGAGAAAGAGAACCUGAUAAAACUUCUCACCAUUUUUGAAUUUUGUAAAUGAAAAGCCUAUGUUCUUACCAUUUACAGGAAAACAAUCUGGGCCCUGGAGCUGUAUAAAAGCAGAGGUUGAGUGCCCCAACUGCUUGUCCCCUCUUUUUUCUGCUGCUGAAUUUAAAUGUAGAAGUUGCCAGCUCAUCAUAAAAAAUCAAUUGUACAAAGAGACAGAAUUAAUUUUUAGAGUUUGCUUUUAAUACUUCAGAAAAACUAAAUGGUAUGCAGCACACAUGAGUGUGUAUAUGUGCCUAUGAUUCAGUUUUAUCUAGAGAUAAAAGAAUAUUCUUAUGGUAUUGAAUGAUGAUGGAAGCUGGAAUGUUUUAUACUGCUGAAUGCAUUAAAUAGUAUUGUUAUCAGUUGCUAAUUGAAUAUUCACAUUCAGUUAUCUUUUUGUGACUGAUUCACAUUCCAUUUUAUCUAGAAUGUCUUCAAGAAUAUUGCAUUUUCUUUCUUUUGAAGUCAUAUGCAAAAAACUAAAUUGAACUGUAUGCAUACAUACUUAGAAGUCUUCCUAGACUGUAAAGUUUUUAUAUUAGACAACAUAAAGAAGUACAUGUAAAUAUUUUGGGUUCCUAAAUGUGUUCAGUUAUCAUUAUAUACACUGUGUUACAUAUAGGCAAACAAAAACAGCAUUUAAACAAACCAUUCCUAAGAGCAACUACAUGCCCAAAUAAACAUCAGUAAUAGGCACACCAAAUACUGUGUACUUUUAGUUAACCUUAUUUUCAGGUCUUCUGUGCUUAUUCUGUAGUCAUCAUGGACCAAAUCCAGUGUGGUCUUAGCUGAACCUAAGUGGGAUUUAGGCUGAAUUUAGUCACUAAAUUCUCAAUAGGGUACACAGGAAACUUCUCUAAAAG